AUGUCUCGGAAACGUCCCAUCGCUAGCGCUAAGCGCACACGCACUGCGCGGACCUUUGAUGAGGUACCGAAGAAAUCAAAGGUGGUGCUGCUGUCUUGUGGGUCUUUCAACCCAGUGACAAAUAUGCACCUGCGCAUGUUUGAACUGGCAAGAGAUCACCUGGAGGACACGGGACGGUAUGAAGUGGUGAAGGGGAUCCUGUCACCAGUGGGCGAUGGCUACAAGAAGAUAGGCCUGAUCGAGGCCAGCCAUCGGGUGGAAAUGGCCAAGCUGGCGGUAGAGAGCUCCAGCUGGAUUGAGGUGGACAGCUGGGAGAGCAGGCAGGCCGACUGGCAAGAGACAGUCAAAGUGCUACGGCAUCAACAACAGGAACUGCUCUCCCAGGAACCGGACACUGAUGUGGUAGGCACUGCAAAACCUGGCAGGAAAAGAAAACGCAUGGAUGCCAGCAGUGCCACCAAGAGGAGGAAGCUCGAAGAGCCUGAUAUUGCACCUAAAAAAACAGUUUCCGCUGCCUCCUCAGGUGAGCCGCGCGUGAUGCUACUCUGCGGUGCUGAUGUGCUGGAAUCAUUCGGUGUGCCGGGGCUGUGGAAGCCUCAGCACAUCGAGGAGAUUGCCAGCACAUUUGGACUGGUGUGCAUCACCCGCGGCGGAUCGGAUGCGGAAGCCUUCAUACAGGGCUCCGACCUCCUCUUGCCACACCGCAGCAACAUCCACGUGGUGCAGGAGUGGGUGGCCAACGAUGUGUCGGCCACUCGCAUCCGCCACGGGCUGCGGUGUGGCCACAGUGUCCGCUACCUUCUGCCCGACCCGGUGCUCGGCUACAUUCAGGAGCGGCAGCUGUACAAUGCGGAGAGUGAGCAGAGGAACGAAGGGGUUGUGCUGGCUCCUCUCCAGAAAUGUGCAAGAACGCAGGAGUAAGCACAACCCCCCUCUGCCACUCUGCCCUCCUGUAGCCUCGUCAACUUGCCAUUUCCAUCUUCCCAUUGGUUUGGAAUCCCCUUAAUGCAUCACCAAGAGGAGGAAGCUUGAGGAGGCAGAGA